AUGUCCACCCUCCCCGUGCAGGGCAAAGCAGGGCAACGCAGGGCAGCCGGGGCACCCAAGGCCCAAGGACAUGCAUGGCCCUCUGCCAGACGCAGCGCUAGGAACGAGUGCGCGCGCGGCGGCUGCCCAUUUAUUUACACAGUCGAGCCGCUGCCAUGGCUGUGCGAGAGAGCAGCGCAGUGGCAUGGGUGGGUGGAUGGACGGAUGGAUGGCGGUGCAGGUCGAGUGGCUCUGCCCAAAAAGAGGCGCACAAGCAGGCUGCCGCUGAUUGGCCUGGCACGCGUGCCCCCUUCCCGUCCCCCUCUCGACCCUCACGACUCCCUCGGUCACAUCACAUCGUAUCGUGCUAUUGCCAUGGGCGUGGACUAA